AUGGAUCCAGUAGGACCAUGGUCAGCAUAUGCUUCGUACAAUCGGCUAGCAGGAGUACAAGCUGGUGCUGCAAGUGGGGAUUUUCAUCACCAUCUAGCAAGUGGUGGUACUGGAUUGGGCAGUCAAACAGUGCCUUCUACAACAAGCCAAUUACUUCUUCAAGCAGCUCAUACGACAGCAUCAUUAGCAGGCCAAUUAGGGUCAUCAACUGCUUCACCUUUUAAUCCUGGCGGAUUUCUCUCCCCACCUGCUGUGGGAUAUGAUGCAGUAUUUUCACCUUUAUUUCAUCAUGCAAACCCGAAACCAGCUCAUUAUAGUUCAUCACUUCAAGCUCAACACCGCCAAGUGAUUGCACAAGCUCAAGCGGCUGUAGCAUCAAAACAGUCCUCAGUUGAAACUGAAAUCUCAUCAUUAAGAGAAAGUUAUUCACAUCAAACUCUAGCUGCACAAGGAUCUUCAUUUUUUGAUCAACCCUCUACUCCAGGCAGUACAGCAGGAUUAAGUUGGCAAGGAAAUAAUCAACUUCCUAGUCCGUUUGGAAUUCUACCUCAUGAAAGUGUUGUGCCCUCUUCUCCGAGUCCUGCAACAACAAAGGCAUCAGCAACAUAUGAAAACUUUAAUGCUCACUUUGCUGCUGCACAAUCUCUUAACAAUCACCUCAACUCUCAAAUUUCCAGCACUGGUAAACAAACAAAUAGGUCUGGCUCACCAGCCGCUGUAUCUAAACAACCUGCAUCAUCUUCAUCAUCAACUUUUUUUCAAUCACCUUCAUCUUUUGGAAAUCAGACUGAUAGUUCAUAUAGUACAAGUGGUGCAAAAAGUGGUCAACUAUCAUCACAGCAGGAUUAUGCAGGAAGUAAGUCCUAUUCAAGUUCUGCAAGUAACACUUCUCACUCUCAGCAAUCGUGUAUUGUGUCAACUCCAUCAGUAACCUCUUCCUCUACACCACCCAGUAAAGAUUACCGCUCUUCCUCUACAACACCCACACGACCUUCAGCAUCAAUUUAUAAUUCCCAGUCCCCUAAAGCUGCCUCUAAUGAAAAGAAUUCUCGUAGCUUGACCUGUAGUAGUAGUGGUUUUGUAUCGCCCACGUCUAAACCUCCACAGAUACAGACAAAAGCACAAAGUAAAGUAUAUCCUGAACUCGGCAGUGAACAGAGAAAAAGUUGUGAAUCAAAUGAUAAACUCCAACCCCAAUCUUCUCCUAUAAGUUACUCUAUUAUGGAUGCUCCUGGAAGGAUGAACUAUAGCGGAAAUAGUGGAAGCUCUUCUAAAUCAAAUAGAAUUGGUUCUACUCAAUAUUCAUCUUCCCAGAGUUCUAGUUUUAGGCAUUAUCAAAGUGGUAAUAAUGUAGAGUCUGAGUAUCAUGUUCGAGCAAAAAGUAGCUCUAGUACAGAUACAGGCUAUUCUAGCAGUAGUUCUCAAAAUGGUCCAGACUGUAGUGUUGUUGUAGCCAGAAGGCAAAGUCCUUUACAAACAGCCCCUGAAACUUCACCAUUGGGACAUGGUUCUAGUCCGGCUUAUCCCAUGUAUCAUAGCCCUAUGAAUUCUAUAAAUUCCCCACAACAGCAUGGAGAUCAUUAUAGUAAAGUAAACAAUGCAGCUCCAAGAUCACCACUUGAUGCUUCUAUUUCGAGGCCUCCUUCGCAAAAUAGUCAAGUGGCAUAUCCUUCUGUUAUAACAAGAGCUUUGGGUAUAGAACAAAGUAAAUCAUUUAGUGAAAAUAGAUAUGACCGUAAUCAAAAUUCUAGCCAAAGUUGUUGGGAUAGCGAAAGGCAGUCAAACAGAAAAUUCAGUAGUAAUGGUAAUAGUACUAAUUCUAGUAAUUAUAAUAAUGGUUUAUCUGAAAGCAAUACCCAUGAAAAGUCAACUACUCAAUCUCAAAAUUCCACUGAUAGAAGCUUAAGUUUAUCUGACAAACACCAACACCCCUAUAUUGAUGGUAGUAAUGUAGCUUUGCAAGAUCUUUCCAGUUGUCGUGGUGAUCCUAUGAGUAUAGUAAAAAAUUUACAAAACUUACAACAGAGUUGCCAAUUACUAGAAGUUAAAGCUUCUAAGAGUCAAACUCCAUUAUCCAGUAUACCAGUGACUACUAAAGCUGUUACCCGUCGAAAAAGUACAGAAAAAUCUCCUCAUACAAAUAUAAAUGAAAUCUCGAAUGCUGUGAUGGCUGAUUACUUGGCAAAUAGAAUACCUCCUCCAGCUCAUAGUUCUACUAGUAAUCAACAGCAAAAUGGUUACUUAGAUUUCGAGAGGUGGAAUCUUCCACCCCCACCCCCGAAAAUGUUUCCUGGCACAUCUGCUUUUGGAUCUCAAGCGCCCCUACAUGCUACAAAUUUUGCUAACCAACAUCAGGCUCUAGCAAUGCAACAUGGACAUGCACUCACAUAUUUCCCACCUUUCCAUCUAGGUCCUCAUCCUGAUUUCCAGUCCUCUGUGGAGUUAACACCGUUAUCAUCGUUUAGCGAGACUCCACCUUCGGCUUCCUCAUCAUCUUUUUCAACACCAGAAACUCGUGAAGAGGAACAGCCUAAGGUGGUAGUACCUAAUAUAGAAGAAGAACUUGGUUUCCUUGCAGAACAACGAGCAAAUACUGCAUCGUCGGUAGCACCCUCUUCACAGCAGCAGAACAUUAACAGCACUUCCCAAGACGCUACUUCAAAAAUAAUGGAAAAAAAGUUUAACGUUCCCGUCACGGGCCCAGGUUCAGGUUUCAUGGCUUCUUAUUUAAAAUUUUUACAAGGAGAGCGAGAUACAUCUCCUCCGCCUGCCGGCAGGGGCGCCAGAAAGUCGACUUGGUCGCGAACCACGAACAGUACCACGAACAAAGUAUACACUAACGACCACAAUAAGAGUCAGUGUGAGGCAAAUACCGCUCAACAGAGUACCAACGGCGCGAUGGCUUCCAAUAACGCACUAAACGCAGGUAUGUCUCUGAGCAAUCCCGUCAUGAGCUCCUCGGCGAACAUGAGUUCGACAGGUCUGCUCGGCACGAACCAAUUGCACGGCGUGCCGCCGAACGUACUCGGCUCGCAAGCGAAAAACGUCGAGCUAGACGACCCUCGCUACUACAAUCUAAACAAAGAUAGAAAAAGAAAGUACGACGGCUCGGACGAGUCGGCGUACGACGCGGACGAGGAGGCGCGGCGGCUGAACAAGCCGGUGCUGAACGUGCCCAGCACGCCGCUGAGCGACAAGGGCAAGAAGGGGCGCGCGGCGGGCGCGGGCAAGCCGCCGGCGGCCGCCGUGGCGCCGCAGCCGGCCGCGCCCAAGAAGCCGCGCGCGCCCGCGCCGCCCGCCGCGCUGCAGGCGCCGCAGCAGCAGUACUAUUACCAGCACCAGCCCGAUGAAGUUACUGCACACGCAGCUGGAUUGGGUUACAGUGCAUAUGGAACUGCAGAAAACGAUGCUAAUUCAAACAGAAAAUUGCACCAUAUAAAAUCGCAUCAACAAGUAUCAAGCUCAGGGCAAAUAGAUAAUAAUAGACCUAUUGAAGAAAUGCCCUAUCAGUCGGGAGAGUUUGUAGCGAUAAAAAGUGAGUUAAAUGAGAUGUGGCCAGCAAUAUGGAGAGUGGAUGGUAAAACGCUGUUGCAAAAGUAUGAACCUUUCGAGGAAAAUGGGAAAGUAUUAUAUAGAAAUAUAUCAACGUAUGCUGCAUGGAAUCCUGAAAAUAAGAAACUAUAUACUCAAGUCCCAGUCAAAGUUCGAUCACAAUCUCAUUUAGAAACUAUAGUUGAAUUAGCAAGAAGUGAGCUUCCACUCGACGAUUGUAAUUUUAUAGAAAAGCGAAUGUUAGAAACUCAAAUAUAUCAAGAGAAUUUUGAAGUAUAUAUACAAACGUUAAUAUCGCAUGCACUGGAUCCCAAUUUCUUGACGGAAAUUUUUCAAGAACAAGACGAGUACUUCCUGUCGAACGUGAAGACGGUGGACGAGGUGACGGAGGCGAUGCGCGCGCGCGUGGCGGGCGGCGCGGCGGCGCGCGCGCUGGACGCGGCGGCGGGCACGUGGCCGGGGCUCAGCGUGGCGGCGGGCGCGGGCGCCUGCCGCGCCUGCGCGCGCGCCGCCGCCGCGCGCCUGCUGCUCUACGGCCAGCCCUACAACCCCGCCACGCUCGAGCCCGUGCAGCCGGACGCGCGCCUCGCCUACGAGAAGGAAUUCCUAGUUUGUACGACGUGUUGUGGUCGUGUGCAAUUGUAUUCAAGAAUAUCACAUCAAAAGUACCUGAUGUAUGCAGAGUGUAGUAAACGAGUGGCAGAGAAAAGGAUGCAGAAUCCCAGUAAAGACACGACAGUUAUUCUUAAUGAAUUAUUAGCUGACGAAGUGUGGCUAUCUCAGUUGUUCCGUGACGUGCGGCAUUCGUGGGCAGAGGCGGAAUCGUGGGAACGUAAGAUGCGACACGCGAUGUCUAGACAAAUGAUUUAACGUUAACAUUCGCCAAAAGUGUACAAAACACGCCUAAAGGACAAU